GCUUGCUGCCUGUGUGUGGGCUUAGGUCACAGGAAUCUUGAUUCCCAGCUAUCUGAUGGUGACCAGGCUGGGUGGCUGCCACGAGAUCAUCACCACAGUGGCGACUCUGCGAGCAGCGAGGCCGUGACCUGAAGAUCUUCCUGAACUUUGUGUCCUGGUUCCAUUCCUGCCACUGAUGAAGUUGGGGACUCUGGAUAAGUCCUUAAUUGUUGUGCGAUAUUCCUUUACACUGUGUGAGGAUGUGUCAUUGUGAUUGGUUUAAUAAAGGAGCCAAAUGGCCAUUAGCUAGGCAGGACUUAUAGGAACAGAGAGCUCUGGGAGGAAGAAAGGCCACCGCCAGCCAGAGGGAGGAGGAGCGAGACAUGCAGGAGGACAGAUAAAAGCCACAAGUCAUGUGGCACCACGUAGAUGAACAGAAAUGGGUUAGUUUAAGUUACAAGAGCUGGUGGGACAAGCCUAAGCUACAACCGAGCUUUUAUAAUCAAUAAGUCUCUGUGUUGUUUUUUGUGAGCUGGAGACCCAAAGAAAAGCCCAUCUGCAUUUGAUCCCUGUUGUGGUCUCAGUGUCCACACUGGAGUGGUGACAGACCCCAUUUAAAGGCCACUACUCUCUGUCCUUUCGUUCCUAUGAAGACCUUUCUUAACCUGGCUCACAUUGAAUCCCAUUGGUGGACGGAAGAUGGAGCCCUGCUUCCUCCUGAGCUCUUAGGGGUGAAGAGGUUUCUGGGGUUUUCCUAGCCCUGGGGUUCAUCCCUCUAUCAUGUAGAGCCUGCAUAGCCACUCCCGCCCUCCGUAUUUCCUCACACACUCCCUCAGAGGUGCUCCCCACCAUAGGCACGGGAAGCUGCUGCUGGGGACAUCAGUGUGAGCCCUUUAUCGCUCUCUGUUUGCCCUUCACUCUGUGUCUGAAAUGUCACCAUUAGCCUUCACCAUGAAACUCCCCAAGGGGGCCAGGAACUGUGUGUUCUACGCACAGCACCCGGAGAAGAGAGAAGACGUACCCUCAUGGAAGGAAAUAAAGCAGACCCCUGUUGUCAUGGCCACAAUCAAAGGUCCAGGGCCCGCCAAGUACCUCCGGCCAUCCUGUACCGGCUACAUAGCCCACGACACCUCCAUGUUUCAGGAGCCAGCUUACAGCCUGCACAGGCGGCACACUGAGAAACGGAUCGUAGACAUAUGCAGCCCCGGGCCUUGCUAUUUCUUGGAUCCUAAAGCAACUCGCUUUGGAAUAUCUACCUGCCCUCAGGUCCCCAUGGAGGAGCGCAUCUCCAACCUACGCCUAAGCACCACUCCAGCCCCUUGCCACUACAACCUUGAGAAGACUCGCCCCCCUGGCGAACGUACGGCUCCCCAGUACACGUUUGGCUACCGGUGUCCAUACAGAGUGAUGGAUCCCAACCCAGCCUCCAACAAGUACCAGCUGCCACGCUCGCUGGGGCCCAACACCCCUGUCUUACCAGCUGCCCCCUGCUAUAGUCUGGGUUCCUCAAGCAAGAAUUGGUUCUACAAAGAGGAUAUAGCAGGAGGCCCUGGACCUGCUAUGCAUGCCCGACCUGAGCCGUCCGUCUACCAGAACCGCAGCCCCGUGUAUAGCGUGGCCAAGCGCUUUGCCUAUCCACUGGACCACACACUUCGGCCUGGCCCUGGCUCCCACAACGUCCAGCUGGUCACUGUGCACAAGCCCCGCAUACCCGCCUUCACCAUGGGCAUCAAACACUCGCCCCACUUGUGCCCACUGAUUGUGGACAUUCUCGACUGAGGCCACUGCUGGUGCAUGCCCCUUCCUCCUCACAGAUGCCAUUUUUUCAAUACCAUAUUGAGCGACAUGAUCAUGGAUUCCUGUAGCAGAGCUGGU